AUGGGGAAAAACAAGGAGGGAGGAGAGCAACAAUCUGGAAGUACUCAGGAGAUCAACCUCAAGAGUCCUAGAACCAUCGAAGCUGCCAAACGACAGGGAUAUCUCAUAAAAGAACUUAAAUUCCAAUCUUUUCCAAAAUUUAAAGACACUAUUGUUGACUUAAAGGUCACAGAUGAUAUUAUAAAGCUCAGAUGGGAAAGAAUGGAGGCCAAGAGACAAGAGAAAGUUCAAAAUGUCUUACAAGAACGCCAGACUAUGAUCGAAGCUGAUGAGGUAGUCCAAGAAGAACCCAAAUCAGCUAAGAAGAAAAGUGAUAAAUUAAAGCCAGGCUCCUCUAAGGCUGUAAACCCAUACCCUUCAAGAUCGGUUGCUAAAAAUAGAAAUGGGCAUGGGAAAAGCGUCUCUUUUCUCGCAGAUUCUCCAGACAGGAAGCUUGCAAUUGAGGUCCAAUACCAGAAUGAUAAGAGAAGACUAAGCCAUCUUAAGAAGGCUAAAAAGAGCAUGAUCGAUGGCUACAUCAAGAAAAUAAUCCAAAAAGAAGAAGACCAGGCUGCUAAGGAAGAGCUGCUUUACCAAAAACGUCUCGAAAUUGAGCGUGAAAAGGAGCUCAAAUUGAAAUAAAGAGAACAAGUUCCGUGACAAAAUAGCUAGAAUAAGAGCUCAGGAAUUAUUUGAGAAACAAAAGAAUAAAGAACUUACCCUUCAGAAGAUCAGAGAGGAAAAUAUAAAAUAAAGAGCAAGAGAAAAUAGCAAGACUAGAGAGACAAGCACUUGAGAAACGGCAACAAGAGAUACACAACGAGAAGGUCCAACUCGACCGUGAGCGUAGGAUUAGAGAGCAAAUCGACAAACUUAUUAAAGAGCGCCAAGAAGCAGAGACUUAUCGAAGGAAAGAAGUAGAAAAAUAAACUCUCACUACUAGAAGAGAAGAACCGACAGAUAGAUAUAAUGAAGUAAAGAACGUGCUGAGAAGAUCAGACAAGAGCAUCGGCAGAAGUAUGAAGUUGCCUUGCAGAAUGUCCAGCGGAAGGAAUUCGAGAAACAGCUCAUGUGGGAACGCAACCAGAUGAUUCUUUCCGACAAAUAUAAAAAGAUCAAGAAAAAACAAAUUGAGAAAGAGAAAUCAAUGAUACGUAAGAAAGCUAAUAAAGAUCAGGAGAUUCGUCAAGCCAAGGAAGCUAAUGAUGAACACCUCAGACUUAAAUUGGAAGAGUUUAAAGAGAAAGAGCGCAAGUUUGAGGAAAGACUUCUGAAGCACAAAGAAAAAGUCAAGCUUCGUCAAAAAGAACGAGAAGAUUAUGAAGAGAUGAAAAGAAUGGAACGCGAUAUUAAAUAAACAAAGAAUUCUUGAAGAAUCUGAGCUAAAGAAGAAUGGCCUUCAAGAAAAAUUAAACAAAGAAGAUCAAAGAUCAAGAGACCUCAAGCUUCAAAAGGAAAAAGAGAAGAAAAUAUCUAUAGAACUUGAAGCGAUUAAGAAGAGAGAGCGACUCGAGGAAGCCAAGAGGCUUGAAAGAAAGAAAGCCUACACAAGAUAUAAACAGAUAGAGAAAAUAGAGCAAGAAAGGUCCAAAAGUUCCGCAAUAAAGGAAAAGAUUAAUGAAAUCGUGAAUCAGAAAGUAAAUAUAAGCAAGAAUGCAGUGAUUAUGAAAGACCAGAUUAAGGAAAGAAUCAGGAGUAUCAAGGCAACAAAGCCAGAUAAAAUUUCUAAAGUAAAAAUUAACAACAGCAUGAAUCUGAGCAAUCCGACAAUACUUGAUUUAUCCUUUGAUAAAAAGAAGGACAAAUCAGUAAUUAUUAACCCAGAAGACUCUGACGCAAGGAAAUCAUAUAACGACGCAGCUGGAUCCACAGGCAAGCCCUCAAAGCUAGAGAAACGGAACAACUCCCAGACCGGUGGACGUAAGAAGAAGUCUUCUUAACUAUUUUCAACCUCUA